CCAAAAUUUUAUAAAAAAAUAUGUAAAAAUUUUCAAUCACAACUUACCCAACCACAUUUACUUGCUAUCUUCUCCUUAUCUACUUAGUUUAUAUAUACAUGUCAAGGACCACCUUAUAUUUUUGACACAAAACCAAGAAAAGCAAUGGACUGGUUCACUUGGUUAUCAAGAAGCAAUCUUGACCCUUCUCUAAUCUAUGAAUAUGGCCUUGCAUUUUCAAGAAAUGAGCUCCAAGAAGAAGAUUUAACCUACUUCAACCAUGAAUUUCUUCAAAGUAUGGGUAUUUCAAUUGCUAAGCAUAGAUUGGAAAUUCUCAAGCUUGCUAAGAAAGAUAGAACAAGCACAAAUGGCCUUUCUAAGCUCAUUUUGGCUAUAACUAAAACCAAAAAGAGCCUUAGGAAGUGUAUUUGUAAUUUUGCUUUCCAUGAACAGUCAGUUUUUAAGGCCUUACCGGAGCCGGCCCGAUAUAGAGAGCAAUGGAGAGGAGGAUUGACAAGGAAUUACAAGAGUGAUAAAGAUAUUCAAGUAGAGAAGCAGCCUCCAGUUAUUAAAAUAAGGAGACAGGCAAAAUCAGGACCACUGGAUGGGAGAGUGCCUAAGAAUUUGAUGCUAAAUCAUAGAAGCUUGAAGCUAUCUGGGCCAUUGGAUGGGAGAGUGCCUGAGAAUUUGAUGCUAAAUCAUAGAAACUUGAAGCUAUCUGGGCCAUUGGAUGGGAGACUGCCUGAGAAUUUGAUGCCUGAGAAUUUGAUGCCUAAUAAUAGAAACUUGAAGUUAUCUGGGCCAUUGGAUGAGAAAGUUAAUGAUAGGUUGGUUUUUGCUUAUAGGAGUCCAAUCCCUAAAUUAUAUGGGAAUUCAGAAGGAAGAGUGCAUCAGAGAUUCAUGGCUGGUGGUAAAAGCCCAAGAACACCUGAACCAUUGGAUGGUGGCAAGGACAGAAUGGUAAAUGAUGAUUUUGAUGAUCAAUCACUAUGGACUACACUUUUUCAGGGCAUGAAACCCAAUUGAUCAGGUCCAUUAAUUCUCUUCAAUUUCUUUUUCUUUUUUUCUCGCUACUUUUACUUUUUUUAUGGAGAGGUUUCAUUUGCUCUUCAGAGAAGAGCAACUCUGUACGUCUUAUUUUACUGUUGACAUGAUUUGAGUGUUUCUAUAUUAUGAAUCUUUCUUUAUUCAAGACUCUGAAUUCUGAUGUUGUUGACAAGCCUGCAAACAAGAUUCAAUAAUGUAAUAAUUCAAUGAA